CGGCAUGCAGCAGUGGUUUGGCGCCAUACAAACUCAUCGUGCCGCCAAAAGUUCAUAGACAGAGUUUCCUUUGAGCGAAAAUCUACCGAAAAACAUGCCUUUAGACGAAACUAACUCGACUAGCAGCGGAAGCCCGGCCCCAGAAGAGUCAACAGAGGAAGCAGACGAUGACUACAAGAGCAAGCCUGGUACCUCAAAGAAGGCCAAGCCUAUACCUGUAUCGCAGGACUAUCAGUACAAACUGGAUAAAGACAGAGCCACAAGAUUUAACUUCUUAUUGGAGAAGACUGAAAUCUUUGCCCAUUUCAUGAAUCCAUCUGGAGGGCGUAAACAGCCGACCAGUCCACUUAAGAUGAAAGCUCCAGCAUUCCCCUCGAGGCAGCGGAAGGUGUCGGAGUGUGGAGAUCAUCGUCACCGGCGAACAGAGCAGGAGGAGGACGAAGAACUGCUUAACCAGACAAAGGGAGCGCAGACCUCUAUACUACACUUUGAGGAAUCGCCUAAUUAUAUCAAAGGUGGAGAGAUGCGUGACUAUCAAGUACGAGGGUUGAACUGGUUGAUAUCUCUUUAUGAGAAUGGAAUCAAUGGAAUUCUUGCUGAUGAGAUGGGUUUGGGGAAAACACUGCAGACCAUCUCCCUCUUGGGUUACAUGAAGAACUUCCGCAAGGUCCCUGGCCCUCAUAUGGUUAUUUGCCCCAAGUCCACACUCGCAAACUGGAUGGCCGAGUUUGAGCGCUGGUGUCCCAGCAUCAGAGCUGUCUGUCUAAUUGGCAACCAGGAACAGAGGACAGCAUUUAUCCGUGACACAAUGUUGCCUGGGGAGUGGGACGUGUGUGUGACUUCUUAUGAAAUGGUCAUAAGAGAGAAAGCAGUGUUCAAGAAGUUUGCAUGGAGAUACAUAGUCAUUGAUGAAGCCCACAGAAUCAAGAAUGAAAAGUCAAAGCUUUCUGAAAUUGUGAGGGAACUCCGCUCCGCCAACCGACUAUUGCUCACUGGAACACCUCUACAGAAUAAUCUCCAUGAGUUGUGGGCGCUGCUCAAUUUUUUGUUACCUGAUGUCUUCAGCUCUUCUGACGAUUUUGAUGCAUGGUUCAACAGUAACAAUCUUGUAGAGGAAAAGCAGCUAGUAGAGAGACUUCACUCGGUGUUAAGACCAUUUCUCCUGCGCCGUCUCAAGUCUGAUGUAGAGAAGAGAUUGCUCCCCAAGAAAGAGACCAAGGUUUACACUGGCUUGACCAAAAUGCAGAGAAGCUGGUACACCAAGAUCUUGAUGAAAGAUAUUGAUGUUGUGAAUGGUGCUGGCAAGACAGACAAGAUGAGGCUGCUUAAUAUUCUCAUGCAGCUCCGCAAGUGCUGUAACCACCCCUACUUGUUUGACGGAGCUGAGCCUGGGCCUCCGUACACUACUGAUGUCCACUUGAUAGAGAACAGUGGCAAGAUGAGAGUUCUGGACAAACUGCUGGCCCGCCUGAAACAGGAGGGGUCAAGGGUCCUCAUCUUCUCCCAGAUGACCCGACUCCUAGACAUUUUGGAGGACUAUUGUCUUUGGAGGCAAUAUGAUUACUGCCGCCUGGACGGACAGACACCUCACGAGGAAAGACAAGCAUACAUUAACUCCUUCAACAUGCCCGGCAGCACGAAAUUCAUCUUCAUGUUGAGUACACGUGCUGGUGGGCUGGGAAUCAACCUGGCUACGGCAGAUAUUGUGAUUCUGUAUGACAGUGACUGGAAUCCUCAAGUGGAUCUACAGGCCAUGGAUCGUGCUCAUCGUAUUGGGCAGAAGAAGCAAGUAAAGGUUUUCCGUUUUAUUAGUGAGAGCACUGUUGAAGAGCGCAUCAUUGAGCGGGCAGAGAUGAAGCUCCGUUUAGAUGCUGUGGUUAUUCAGCAAGGUCGACUGGUUGACCCUAAUCUAAAGGUUGGGAAAGAGGAGAUGCUUAGCAUGAUCCGACAUGGUGCAGAGGCCGUGUUUGCAUCUAAGGACGAGGACAUCACGGAUGAAGACAUUGACGCUAUCCUUGCGAAAGGAGAAAAGAAGACUGCUGAAAUGGAGGAGAAGAUGAAGACAUAUGGCGAAGGUGCACUGCGGAAACUCACUCUAGAUGCCCCAACUGAGAGCAUCUUCCAUUUUGAGGGUGAAGAUUACAAAGAAAAGCAGAAGAGUGGUAGCAGCUUUCCUCGUUGGAUUGAGCCUCCCAAGCGAGAGCGAAAAGCAAACUAUGCUGUUGAUCAGUAUUUCCGUGAAGCGCUGCGAGUCAGUGAACCCAAAGCACCAAGGGCACCCCGUCCACCCAAGCAGCCCAAUGUGCAGGACUACCAAUUCUUCCCUACCCGCCUGUUUGAACUCUUAGACAAGGAGAUCUAUGCGUUCAGAAAAAGCAUAGGGUACAAGGUGCCUCUCGACAUUGAGGACCCCGAGGGACCAGAUAAGCAGAAAGAAGCACAGAAGUUGAUUGAUGAGUCGGAGCCGCUCACAGAGGAGGAGCAGUCAGAGAAAGAUCAGCUUCUACAAGAAGGAUUCACCAACUGGUCCAAGCGAGAGUUCAACCAGUUCAUCAAGGCCUGUGAAAAGUAUGGACGAGAUGACAUGGACAACAUUUGCCAGGAAGUUGAGGGCAAGACUCCACAGGAGGUUCGUGAGUAUGCUGCUGUGUUUUGGGAACGGAAUGAUGAGUUACAAGAUUUGGAGCGCAUAAUGGCACAGAUCGAGCGAGGAGAAAGCAAGAUCCAAAGACGCAUCAGCAUUAAGAAGGCGCUAGAUGCAAAGAUGGCGCGCUACCGGUCACCUUUCCAUCAGCUAAGAAUUCAGUACGGGACCAACAAGGGCAAGAACUACACCGAGGAAGAAGAUAGAUUCCUGAUCUGCAUGCUUCACAAGCUAGGAUUUGAAAAGGAGAAUGUCUACGACGAGCUGCGCAUGGCGUGCAGAAGUGCACCACAGUUUCGCUUUGAUUGGUUUCUCAAAUCUCGUACUGCACAGGAGCUACAGCGUCGAUGCAACACUCUCAUCACACUUAUCGAGCGUGAGAUGAUGGAGCUUGAAGAGAAAGAGAAGGCAGAGAAGAAGAAACGUGGCCGUGGCGCCCCCGCCAAGACGGGUGAGAAGAGGAGAAAGGCCGAUGGAACGCCUGAUGGGCGUGGACGACCAAAAAAGAAGAAGACUUAGAUAACCUAAAUAACCCCUAUUAUUAAUCCCUACCUCGGACGCAUCUAUGGAAGCACUUGAUCCGCAGAUAUAAGCAAACAAAGACGUUAACAGCUGCUUUGGGGUGUCGUCCAUUUAGUCGUCAUUUUUAAAACAGCCUUACCAAAAUGUGUACUAAGCAUAAAAAAUCGUGUAUGCACAGCGUUCCUGUGAUAAACCGACUCCAUAGAUAGUCACAAGUCGUUGCGCAACUAGCGUUCCUUUUUCUGGUGUGUUCCUUAAGGAUCGCACCUUGGACCACCCACCCAUCUUCAAAACGUUCUCUGCAAUUGAUUGUACUUUAAGUUUGUGGCGUUUCUCGGCGUUUCUCGGCGUUUCAAAAUCCCUUGUACAGUAAGACAUCACACAUUGUAUUCUCUAGGAUGAUUUUAAUUUAUUUAUAGUGUAACUGUAACAAAGGUUUAUUGAGAAAUAAGGGAUUAUCGAUUUCUCAAAUCCGUUUGAAAAUCGGCAGGAUUAAGUAGAAUUUAAACUUAUGAUAUUUCAUUUUAUUUUGCAUUUGAGAAAUCGAGAAUAUUCCUUUAUGGCUUGGAAUUUAUUACUUCUAGUAAUUACUUCUUAGAAGUAGACAUUACGAAUAUAUGUUAUAUGAUUACAAUGAGAACCUGUGCUAACGUUUAGUCGAGAGGAUAGUGCGACCCUUAUACUGUCUAGAUAUAGCCUUGUUGUAAUGACUGUACUUUCCUCUACUACCUGUUAAAUAUGCCGUGUUUUUAUCUUUGUAAUAUGGAAAAUUAUUAAAUAUAACCCGUAAUACA